AUGGAUAGCCUAGCGCAACAAAGAAGCGUGCACGCCUUUGCACGUUUUGCCGUCGACAAGAUGCGCCACUUCCGGCGCCGCCUGUCAAUUUGUGGCUCCAAGCUCCAGGCGCUCCGGCAAGACUCGGAGGCAGCAAGUCCCGCCUGGUCGGAUGAGGCGCAUAAAUUCAGCCUCGAGGAUCCGCGAGGUGCACCACGGGAUGGUGCAUCUGCACGCGGCGGCUCAAUGCGUGCAUGUUCCUGCCAUGUCCUGGAUGCCAAUCAUUUGCGGAGCGCACAUGGGUUGGCGACAAGAUGCAAAGAAGAAAGCAUGCCAGGAAAGGGAAAAAGCCAGCUCAACGGUCGAGAGUCCGACGCCGAGAUGCAGGCGCACAUGGCCGAACGACCGGCCACGGGCUACGGAAAAUUAAAAAGGGGAGUGGAACAGGCACAUCCACGCUGGAAGAGCUGCACCAGUCUCGGAAUUGCAUCGGCGCCGUGGCCUGGCUUGGCCUGGCUUGGCCUAGCCUUGCCACGCUUCUGCCGUUGGUGGCUGUCUGGAUUGAAUGCGCUGGUCAUGGCGGAACGGGCGCUCGAUGGUCGGGUGGACCGAUCAAGCGUUUAUGCUCUCGACGCCGCGAUUCCGCGUGCGCUCGCUCUCGGCGGAAAGGAGCGACGAGCGACGAGCGUCGGCAUUUCGGGCGACUUGCGAGGCGCAUCCCGGCCAUCGAGCCAUGUCCGCCGCUUCCGCCAUCUCGAACGUCACCAGCGACCGAAAAGCAAAGCUCUACUCGCAUUCCACGGCUCUCGUGCCUGCGGUAGAAGCAGCAACAUCCUUCGACCGAUCAGCAUGGCGAGUGCUGUACGACGUCGACUUAUUGCACUGCCGGCGGCGGCCAUCCGCAGACAGGCCAGGCUGUGCCGGGCCAGGCUGGCGAGACGAAUGCAAGCCGUCGACGUGGAAGCAGCAUCGCGACUCUGCGACCCUGCGCCGCGUGCUGUCCCACGCGUCAUCAACAGAGACAGGGACCCUUUCGGUGCAGCAGCCUCUGCCUGCCAAAACCUCUCGCUCUCAACGCCCAGCCAUCGGCCCACGGCGACCACCAUCGACACCGGCAGCCACCCGUCUGCAAGCACUCACUCUUGCUACCCUCUUUUUUCCUCCGGCUCUGCCUCUCUCUCUAUCAUCGCCUCCUCUAGAUCCACCGCUACCACUUCGGCCAAACCUCCGCUCGUCUCACCGUCUGCUCCUUCUUUAAAUAUGCCGUCUCCUCCCGCCAUCUCCCCCUCCUCGUCCGCUGACCACGUCUCCACCAGCGCCACGCCCGCUCCCUCCUCCUCGUCCUCCUUGCAUCCUUCGCAGCUCGCCAUCCCCACUGCGCCUGCCACCCUCUCGGCCAGCCAGUCUCCGACGACUCCCAUCGCCAUCCCACGCAGCAGCUUCCUCGACUCGUCCGUCGACCCGCACUCUGGCUCCAAGCUCGACGACUACCGCAUCAGACCUGACCCUGCCAGCGCUUCGUCCACCACCUCCUCUUUCUCCUCGCGCGACGCUCGACUCGCCGCAGACGAGGACGCCCUCAACAACCUCUCGGCUCAAGACCUCCACACCGGCGAAGCCGCAUCCUCAAGCAACAUGGGCAACGUCUCGGAACAGUCUGCCCUUGACCAGGUGCUUUCGGGCAUUCUCACCAUGCAGAAGGAGCUCUCCCGUCUGCACAUCCGAAUGGACAACAUGGAGACCCAGAACGAGGCCAACGCAAGGAGAAACUCGUUCUACAGCUCCAUGACCCCCGGAUCCAUGUCGCCAGCGCUCAAGAGCCCAGGCCUCCUGCCACGUCUCGGCCGCCGCGGCUCCUCGCCUCCGAAGAACGGCACGCUUGACCUCCUCCACGCUCCUCAUCUGUCCAUGGGCGGUUCUUCACUAGCACAGCCCGCUCCUCUGCUCGCCGAGGAGCCCAAGCUCGGUCUUUGGGCGGUCGUCCCUGCCGGUGGUGCCGGAACGCGCCUCUGGCCCCUCUCGCGCGAGUCGUACCCCAAGUUCCUCCUCGACCUCACCGGCUCGGGCCGAACGCUGCUCCAGAGCACCUGGGACCGUUUGCUGCCCUUAGCUGGUCAGGCACAGAUGAUGAUCGUCACGGGCCAGGCUCACGUCAGCGGCGUUGCCGCUCAGCUGCCUGAGCUCGAGACCGCAAACGUGCUCGCAGAGCCUUCGCCCAAGGAGUCGAUGGCUGCCAUCGGUCUCGCCGCAGCCGUACUGCUCCAGCGCGACCCCGAGGCGGUCCUCGGCUCGUUUGCCGCCGACCACAUCAUCUCGGGUCGCGAUGCCUUUGAGUCGGCCGUCACAGAAGCCGUCGCCACCGCCAAGGCCGGCUACCUCGUCACCAUCGGUAUCGCCCCUUCGCACCCUUCCACCGGCUUCGGUUACAUCAAGCUGGGCGAGAAGCUCUCCGUCAACGAGGCGCCCAACGCCCGCCGCGUCACCGAGUUCAAGGAGAAGCCCGAUGCGCGCACCGCCUCGGCCUACCUCUCCACGGGUGACUACCGCUGGAACGGCGGUAUGUUUGUCGUCAAGGCCCAGGUGCUCCUCGAUCUGCUCAAGGAGACGGUCCCCGACCUCCACGAUGGUUUGACGCGCAUUGCUGCUGCCUGGGACUCGGAUGCGCGCUCGACAGUCAUGAGCGAAAUCUGGCCCACGCUGCCCAAGAUCGCUAUUGACCACGCCGUCGCCGAACCGGCAUCGAAAGUGGGCAAGGUGGCAGUCAUCCCUGCCACUUUUGGUUGGGACGACGUGGGAGACUUUGCGUCGCUCGCCGACCUCAUUCCUGCCGAGGAGGGCGAGCCGAGGAUCUUGGGCGACCCGAGAUUGGUCGUCACCGAGUCGCAGGCGGGAGGUCUCAUCAUUCCUGCCGCGGGCCGUCCGAUUGCGUGUUUGGGUGUCGACGAUGUCGUGGUGGUCGACACGCCAGAUGCUCUGCUGAUCACCACCAGGGCCAGGUCGCAGGACGUCAAGAAGAUUGUGGGCAGGACAAAGAAGGUCUACCCGGAGCUGUGCUGA